GCUGGAAUUUUAGAAGAACAAUUACGGAUGCAUCUUCAGUGUUGCUUGACAUUAAGCCACAUCUGGGAUGUAAAUCUCACUAUUGUCACCAUAGUUUGGGAACAUUACAGCAAAAAUCUGAACAACCCCUUUACCAUUCCUUGGUUUGGUCUUAAAGGUCUUGCAAAUAUUAACAAGACACCCUUAUCUAUAUAUGAGUUGAUAAAGAGCUACUGCAGUGACAUACAUACCCCUGACAUGUAUAUAUCCUGCAACAGUUUCCAAUUUUUUCUUCGCAUAUUGGCACAAAUAAUGAAGAAAGCAGGCAAGAUUAAUGGUGUUCAUCCAUGGAAACAGAUCAAAGGAAGAAUUUAUUCAAAAUUCCACCAGAAAAGAAUGUGUGAACUAACAGAAGUUGGACUUCAAAAUUUCUUCUAUCUUUUCCUGGUGCUGGCGGCCUUAGCAGAGACAGAAGAUGUUGCUAGCCGCAUGAUGGAACUUCUGCGCUUCCUCAGUCCCACUUCUACCAGUGUUACUCAGAAAGCUCUUAUCUGGAAAGGCUACUUUGCCUUCAUCUUAACGUACAUUGAUAAGAGCAUGGACAUCAGAGUGCUUGCUGAGCCACUUUCAGCAGCUUUCUGUGAAAAGGCAAAAGAAUUCUUAGUCACAAGAAACGACCUUGUGCAGAAACAAAACCUUUGGAUGCUACUUUCCACGUAUGUUGAUGGAGUCCAAGAAGUUUUUGAAAGCAGCGUAUACUUGAACCUUUCUGAAGAAAAGCUGAUGAGUGAUGGGUUUAGUAUGUUGUUGCCAGGUUGUCGAGGACCUGAACUCGCCGCAGUGUUAAACUUCCUGCAAGCUGUUUUGUUCAGACUGAGAACAGCACAUGAGCAGUUAAACCAGGGACUUCGGUUAGGGAAUCCAGGCCCCAAUGCACAGCCUUCAUCAGUGGCGAAAGAGCACCACCUUGCUGUUGCCAAAGCUCUCUGGAGAAAUUUCUUUCCCUACUUGAAGGGCCAGAGGAUGGUGAAGACUCCCCCUCCUCAGAUUGCAGAUACAGCUGCAGGUUUGACUUUGUUAGCUUUGGAUUUACCCAGCACAUGUACCUCAGAUCUCCAGCCUCAGCCAAUUAUAUCUAUGAUGCAGUUGUUUGGAUGGGAUGAUAUGGUUUGUCCUCGGCUGGUAUCAAGGUAUCUAACUCAUCUGAUACAAAACAGUGCACUGGCUGAAGCUCUUACUGGCAUGGGUCAUUCAUCUUACCAAUCCUUGUUUGUUCAGUCAUGGUUUCGGUGCAUUUUACAGACGUUUAUCAAUCAGCCUCCCGAGACUUUGAUCAGAACAGAUGCUGAGCAAACUUCCAAUAAGGCUUAUAUGGAACAACUGACUGAACUUACAAGGUUGAUAUUCAAACUGCCAGAAGUAAUAACUAUCUUCUCAAAGGCUCACUUUGAGGAGUCUGUCUACAAACAAGAUCCUAAGGAGGCUGUUUUCCGGUUCAUUGAGGCUGUUGGAAAAAACUACAGUGAGCUUCAGCAUCUGCCUGAAAAAUCAGUCAUGGUGACAAAGGCAUUGGUAUAUCUUGGUGACAUAUUAAAAUAUGUAAAACCCUAUUUAAUAAAGAAAGGGCCUGCAGAAGGACUCCAUCUCACCUACAAGAUAAUAGGAUGCCUUAUGAAGUCCUGGGCAGCCAUAUUGGCUACUUCCAAAGCACAGCCCCUCUUGUUCCGCAUUAUAGAUUGCUUGCUUUUGCCCCAUGCUGUGCUUCAGCAGGAUAAAGAACUUCCUGCAGUGAUGUUGGCUGCCAUUCGUGAGAAUCUCCCAUUUUUCCUUCAGGGCUUGUCCUUUAUAUGUUGCCAUUGCCAGUCACAAAGUCAGAGUGCCUAUUUGAACCAAUUGUUACGGGAUGUGAUUCGCCAGUAUUUGGGGCGCUUUCUUCUUCUGUCAUCUCGAGCCGGGCAUCAUCCCAUCUUGCUGGCCUUGUGCGGGUCUACUGCCACUCCAGAAGCCAUUCAACUACACAAGACCACUGUCCAAGUCAUCAGUGAAAAUUAUCUACAGUUCAAAGGUAAUGCCCCUCCUCGCCUAGGAUUGGUGUUAGCUUUCACUCUUGAAGCACUGCAAAGGACCAAAAGCAUUGAAAUAUGUGAUGUUGAGACGUUGCUGCCUUCUGUCUUAAAGUGCCUCACAUUGGUUAAUGAACCACAAGUUAAAAAACUCUCUACGGAGAUACUGCAGUACUUGGUAGAAGGCUGCCAAACAAGGCCAGGAGGCGAGCUUGCCACCCAGCUGAUUUCUGUGUUGAGGCAGUUUAUUCAAGAUUACACUACUGUGUAUGAUAAUCAGGUUUAUAGCAUCUUGGAGACAGUGGCGAUUCUGGACCAGUCUCUGGUUAUCUGUCUGAUUCCGGCUAUGACAGAAGCUCUGAGGAAUUCAGAGUACAAACAAGGCCUUGGCAGAAACACCUUGCAAAGAGAAGCCUACAAAAGACUUUUAUCUCACCUCACAGAGGCUGGACAAAUGGAGAUACUGAAACUGGAAAAUGAGUCCUAUUAGCAACAUGUUGACUCUGUGUGUGUGUGUGUGUCUGUGUGUGUCUGUGUGUGUAGAGAGAGAAGUGUUCCAUAGAAUGCUGCUUCUUUAUGCAGACAACACAUUUCCUGUGUAUUGAUACUGUACAUAAUGUUUCUGCAUAUCUUUAUAUAAGCAGAUGUGAUUUAAUAUUUUAAAACUUCAAACAACAUAUGCGACGCAUCCUGUAUGUUUUGUUGUUUCACAUGAACGUUGUGCACCAUUGCGAUCUAUCAGAACUAUUAGAAAGCUAUGCCAAGAAUAAAAAUGUGUUAUAUUCUAAAUACUAAAUAGAAAUGGGAAACACAAUCUCCAACAGUAUCUUUUCCCUGGUCCAGUAAAUCAGCACUCUUUUGCUGUCACGUCUUUCAGUUUGACAUCUUGAAUGUUUUGCACGCCAACACUUCACAUGAGCAAGGACAGGAUGAGGUGAAGAAACUUGAGUACCUUAUGUUAACAGAAGAUCUUAUGUAUGCAUUGCAUGGAAUGGUAAGAGCUGUCCUAGUAUUGCCCCCGUUUUAAAAUCUGUAAAUGUGUAUUGCAGAAUUCGACCUCUGACCCUUUCUGUGUUAUCCUUAUACUUGUUUGAAUAC